GCAGCACUGGCACUGGUAGCUCUAAGUACCACAUGGAAUGAAAACUUGGUAUAGUCUCCAUUUAGAGCAAUACAAUUAAAUUCUUCUUUUUUAUGCUCUUUGGUACAUGUUAUUUUGUGUGUUUUUGUAAAUAAUAGACGGUACGGAGUGGUGAGACACGCAUGGUUCAGGUUAAAACAUUUUGGCAGUAAUUGCACCAUUGAUUAGCAGAAUCAGAUGUUUGUGUGACGUUGCAUCGCAUUGGGUCUACAAUCGCCCAGGAGAUCGAUACGACGAUUUCAAUUAGCAAUCCGGGUUUAUUCGUAAUGCAACCAGCAGCUCCUACUAUAUCCACACAAUCUGAUAUAGCUAAAACCAUGCAGCCUCAUUCAGCACAAAAUAUGAUUUUGACGGCCAAUAAAAAGCCCAAAAAGUAUGCUUCACAGGUGCCACCAGCUAAACAGCCACUGCAGCAACCUCAGUUUCAGAUAAACAAGACGUACAACGUAGUAUCUCUUAUGAAAACGUCGGCGUCCAACAGCCACCAGGCUCCCCACAUGGCACACCAACAGCAGCAGCAGUCCCAUCACCUCCAACAAGCACAGCAGCACCAUCACCAGCAGCAACAACAACAGCAAAGCUACGCAAAUGUAGUCAAUAGAGCAGUGGCGCCUGGUGCAGUAGGAGGGACGCAGCAGCAAUCUACAGUGCUCUGCAACGCGCCUAAUAUAAUGCAACUGAGCUCAGGGGAACUUGGAACAGCUGCUAUUUACAACAUCACAGGGCACAGGCAAAUGACCAGUAGCACAGGUGGCAUCAUUGAUGCAAACGGUCGUUUUAUGAGCGUAUCGGAAAUGACCAAAAGUGCCAGUAACGUGAACGUAGCCACAUCCAGUGGCACAAGCUGUGCACUGCCUAUAUUGCACUCCUCCACUAACGACGCCGCCGGAGGCAACGCUAGUGGACCUGGAAACGGAGGAAAUACCAUUAUACCCAUGACAAGUUCCCUUAGCGGAAGCACGCUUGGGGUAUCUCUCAGCGCAUCCAACACUGCCGCCUCCUAUAUUCAUGAUAAAAACCUUGUUGGCGUGAGCGUUAACUGUGUCGACGCCCGAAAGUUCGAUUUUAAGAACAAUAAUUUACUCUCGAGCAACAACUUUCAGCAAUCGCAAGAGUAUGUGUCCGCAGCAAAUAACAGUUCUGGAAACGCUCGUACGAAUCCCCAGAAUGGCGGCAUUUUUCGACCGCCACCGGCAACAAAUACUCCACGGGGCGCCAGCGGGGGUGCUCGCCACGUUCAUGUGCAACAAAUGUACCCAGGCAAUAUACACCAAAGCAUGGUCUUGCAGCCGGCGUACACACAGUACACGCCUCGACAGCCCACAUAUCCGGCUUCUCAUCUUCAGUAUGCUCCACCGCCCAUGCAAUACUAUACCCCCUACCAAUAUCUGCCAACUCUGCAGCAGCAGCCACCGCCACCACACAAUCGCAGUGGCGUGACAGUAAACACUAAUGUAAAUGUUGGCAGCGUUGGUCCCGUUCAGUCUGGCCCUCAAGGACCACUGGCUGGUCCUGGCGCUUCAUCCACGCAGCUGCAGAUGCUGGCAGGUACCGUGCAACCGGGUGCCAAUACUGUAAUUGGAGUCGGUGCUCCCCCCAGCGGCGUAGGUGUAGGUGUCGGCCAGGUGGGUGUAGCCCCUAUGGUCGGCGUAAUACCAACAAACGUAGCGCCACAGGCAGUUUCGGUGCAACAAACCAAUAGGCGUCGACAUCAGCACCGUUUGCAGAUCAUUGAUCCGGCAACAAAGAAGAAUAUCCUUGACGAUUUGGAUAAGACCAAUUCAAACGCAGAUAGCGAUCUGUCUGACCCAACACCAGCGCCACCAGCAGCAUCAGCGACUGUGACUACUUUACUGGAUAGCAUUCCACAGCCGGAGGCUACAGGAAUAAUUGUUUCUAGCACUGCAGUGGUACAGUCAUCUGACUUGAGAACUGUGACCAAUAUGCCGUAUAUCCAAGAUCAAAACUCAAUUAUUGUCGGCCAGACACCGGUUGUUUCCGCCAUGACCGAUGCUCCUUCAGUUGAGAUAUUGCCAACUCCUCAGAAGAACAAAAAUAAAAAAAUUCCCAUAGUCUCACCCAAAAAUGAAUCUGAGCCCCCAAUCGCUGUGCAAACCACUUUUGAAGUGGAUGAUGCAGUGCCGAGAUCUGACGCUGCAAGCAAUACUGUCGACGAAACAAUUCUGCCUACACCAACAGAUAGCAUUGCCCGACAAGAGACACAGGUUCAUCAAGAGAUCGAAGAACCAGCCGCACCGGAAGAAAAGGUUGCCUCAUCUUCCUCAGAGCUUCAGACCCAAUCCCCGCCGCCUGAACCAUUUACUGCAUCUGUACCGGAGGAAUUGACUUCCAAGACUAGUACACACAUGCAUGAAGCGGCAUUAGAGCUGAACUCUUCCACAUCAACAUCAUCAGCGUUUGCCCCAAUAGAGAAAUCUUGCGAGUUAGUGGCAGGGCCAGAAUCGCAACAGACCUUACAAGUAGAAAGCUCACAUGAAAGCACCCCUGACGAGACUGAUCGCGCGUCAAUGGCACUUGUAGAAGAAACACGGCAGGAGCCUGUAGGGGCUAAAACAGCAAUUACUGUAGCUCUUAAGGAGCAACCUUUACAUGAUGCAUCACUUGGGGCGCCUAGUAGUGAGCUCCUCGAAGAUACGGAAACACAAGAAAAAACAUUGCCCCGAGUGAAUUCCGAGGUGGAACUAGAGCCUCGAGCAGACACAGGCGAUGUUACGCCAAUUUCACCAACUACAGAUGAGUGCCUGUCGCUGCCAUCGUUGAUCAGCUACAAUGAAGGCCAAUGGUCUCCCAGUAACCCUAGCGGUAAAAAGCAGUACGACCGAGAACAGCUUUUACAACUGCGUGAUGCAAAGGCUUCGCGUGUGCAACCAGAAGUAAAAAAUAGCUCAAUACUUCCGCAGCCCAAUCUUAUGAUGCCUUCGUUUAUGCGAGGUGGCAACAACAAAUCACGUGGUGUGCAGUCAAUGGUGGGUACAAUUCGAAGCGGCGAUUCGAGUGGCGGUGUCGGCGCGAAUUAUGUUGGCAAACAAAUGUCAAUGUCGGGUGUACAAGGCAAUGGCGGUCGUAGCAGCAUGAAGGGCAUGAUUCAUGUAAAUUUAUCAUUAAAUCAGGAUGUUAAACUGAAUGAAACGGAAAACGCUUGGCGUCCACGUCUCCAUAAUAAAUCUGACACUGCCGACAACAUUGUGCCAGAGGUAAAAGCCACCCAAGAGAAGGAUGAAUUAGUUCGUAGGGUUCGUGGAAUUCUUAACAAGCUUACGCCCGAAAGAUUCAACACCCUUGUGGAAGAGAUAGUAAAGCUGAAGAUAGACACUCCCGAUAAAAUGGACGAAGUCAUUGUACUAGUGUUCGAAAAAGCUAUUGAUGAGCCGAAUUUCUCCGUGUCGUAUGCUCGGCUUUGCCAUCGUUUGAUUAGUGAAGUGAAAGCACAUGAUGAGCGCAUGGAAAGCGGCACAAAGUCAAAUCUAGCACAUUUCCGUAAUGCACUCCUGGACAAAACCGAGCGUGAAUUUACACAAAACGUCACACAAAGUCACGCAAAGGAAAAGAAACUGCAACCUAUUGUAGACAAGAUCAAGAAGUGCCAGGAUCCCAACGAAAAGGCCGAAUUAGAAGCAUUGCUUGAGGAGGAGGAACGAAAGAUUCGGCGGCGUUCUGGUGGCACAGUGCGAUUUAUUGGCGAGCUUUUUAAAAUUUCCAUGCUAACGGGCAAGAUUAUAUAUUCUUGCAUAGACACGCUACUUAAUCCGCAGUCGGAGGAUAUGUUAGAGUGUCUCUGCAAGUUGCUUACCACAGUUGGAGCCAAGUUCGAACUAACGCCGGUAAACACUAAAGACCCUAGCCGUUGUUACUCGUUAGAAAAGUCCAUAGCCCGCAUGCAAUCCAUAGCCUCCAAAUCAGAUAAAGAUGGGUCCAGAGUCAGCUCUCGGGUUCGUUUUAUGCUUCAAGAUGUUAUCGAUUUGCGCAAAAACAAAUGGCAGUCGACUCGAAACGAGGCUCCAAAGACUAUGGGUCAAAUUGAAAAGGAGGCAAAAAACGAACAGCUUUCAGCACAGUACUACAGCGGUUCACUUUCUUCAACUAACCCCAACGGGUCACAAGGUACUGGUACUGGUGGAGCCGGCAGCUCUUCUAAACGUGACGAUCGUGGCAGCGCCAGGUUCGGAGGAGACGCGCGGACUAGCGGAGGCUACGGUGGAAGUCAUAGCCAACGAGGUGAAAGUGGGAACAUGCGCCACCAGCAACAAAACGUCGGGAACGUUGGUGUAACUGGGCAUGCCAAUGGCAACGACGAUAACACUUGGCACGUACAGACCAGCAAAGGCAGUCGCUCUCAAGCUGUUGAUAGCAACAAGUUGGAGGGUCUGACUUUACAACUGAACCAAAACUUGGACACGAAAAAAAUGGGUGGCGUGUCCCAAUUUAUUUGGAACAAUAGUUCGAGAUCAUCUUCUGCGGCUACCACAACGCCCUCCAAUUCAUUUGCAGUGCUCUCUUCGCUAAUGGACAAAAGUAGUAGCGGCGACAGAGACCGUGAUCGCGAUCGUAGUGGGCCCAGAAACAAAGGCUCAUAUAACAAGGGUUCAAUGGAGAGGGAUCGCUAUGGUGGAGAUAGAGGAAUUCACUCAAGAACAGGAUCCUCACAGGGUUCGAGGGAAAACUCAUCUUCUCGAGUUGGUCAGCAGAGUCGUGGCCUGAUAAAUUCAUCAAUGCAGAAAUCUGCUAGUCAUUCGAAAUACACACAACAAACGCCACCACCAGUUAGACUUUCUAGCAAGGGCCAGGGUGCAUCAAUUGGAGGUGGACUAUACCGAGGCAGCGAGCAGCAGCAAUCAUCUUCUACAACCGGAGGCAAUGGCUCAACGUCUAAAAUAGUGGCGCCACCAGCGGUUUUUAUUGAUCCAAGAGAUAACGACCUUAAGAUUAUUAAGAGUGUCGUGUCGGAAAUGAUCGAACUGGCAGCUGCAAAUAAAAUUGUCACCCCCUCUGUUGUUGCGUGUAUUAAAAGGAUACCGGAAUCCCAGCGCUGUGGAUUUGUGUAUUACAUAUUAACAGAUUAUUUGCAUUUAGCCAAUGUGGGCAAACAAUACAGACGGUAUCUUGCUAUCGCAGUUUCCCACCUUAUUCAACAGAACCACAUGUCUGUAGAUCAUUUCCGACUUGCAUACAAGGAAUUCAGCGAGAUCGCUGGCGAGUUAAUUGUUGAUAUUCCAGAUCUUUGGCUAUAUAUUCUGCAAUUUGCAGGACCAUUGAUUGUAAAGAAAAUUUUGACGGUGGCAGAUCUGUGGAAUAAAGACCUAAAAGACAGUAGCACACCCAACUUGGGAAAAAAGUUCCUUAAAGCAUAUUUGACAUAUUGUACAAGGGAAGUAGGACCGAAUUUUACACGUCAAAUGUGGAAGCAGUUUAACAUGCUUUGGUCCGAUUUUAUGCCAGAAAAUGAAGUAGCUGAUUUUAUUGAAUCCAACAGAUUGGAAUAUGUGGAGAACGACUCAAAACAGCCAGUGAUUGAGCAGCGCGAGUCGACUGAAAAGCACGUCAAAAAUGUGAUAGAACAUAUUGAGCAUUUGCUAAAGGAGGGAGCGACUGCAGAUUGCAUAAUUGAUUACAGUAAUGGCAAUAUUGUGACGGCAGAUAAACUUUUCAUCCGAGGAUUGACAGAAACGUUGAGUAAUUUCGCAAUUGUCUACAAAGACACUAGUUAUAAACUAGAGACGGAGAUCUUCCAAAAGUUUUGCAUACCAGUUUUCCAGCGAUACAUUGAUUCACGCGAAGAGCAGCAACUCGAGUGCUUAUAUGCAGUGCAACUACUGGUGCAUAGUCUAGAGCAUCCAAGGGGCUUGUUAAGUGAACUAUUCGCCGAGCUAUACGACGGUUAUGUAAUACAGAAGGAGUCCCUUUGUAAGUGGCGCGAUUCAAAGGAUCAAUCUGCUGGCAAAGGUGUGGCUGUAAAAAGUCUGAAUCACUUCUUUAACUCAUUAUUUAACGAUGAAGCUAACUAACGCAACUGAGUUUUUGAGACCUGGCCAACAUCGCGAGCCAGAGAAAUAUAACGCAACACAACUCAGCAGAUAGAAACGAAAUAAAAUCAUUGGAAUAAAAAAAAUAUAUUGAUGUAUCUUACAUAGGUCUACUUUAUCAAUGUACAGCAAGAGUCCCGGUGGAUUGUGAGAAAUAAAUAAGCGUUAAGUGCGUGGAAUCUUUGGUUACUGUACAUUUGGAAGAAUUGGCCCCAAAUAUGUUAUAAAGUUAAGAACAGGAAGUAAAGAACUGGUCUGUGAAAGUGUAAUUCUACAACCAUAUAUGUAAACAUAUACAUGAUGAGAAUGAUAAACCAGUUUUAAAUAUAAUGUUUUUAAUGGUAAACAUAA